AUGUCGAUCUAUUUGGGUUGGGUCAUUUUGUAUAUUAUGCCGUCUCCCGACUUUGCCAUCAAUCACGAAAAAUUGGCAUUCCCACAUUCUCCUACCCAAACAUCUUUCUUUCUUUCAGCUUAUUUAGUACCCUCGGGGUUUAAGAAGUCAUUCUUUGAGGAUUACAUAUCAUGGUCAUUAUUCGUGUAUAACUGUGUCGAUUCGGAUUAUUUUGUGCACGUCUACUAUGGAAAUAUCAUUACCUCUGCGUUGGUUGCUUCAUUCUCUGGCGCCUUAUUGAUAUAUCGACUAAGGGUUUAUCGGGACGUCAAAUUAUUCUCAGAUGGUUUGAUCGCGCCCUUGGAAGGUUUCCUUGGGUUCACCUUAGCCUCUGCGAUAAUGCGAAUUGUAUGCAGCAUAAUACUUCUGACCGACGUGUUCCCUUCAAAUUAUGUUUUUCGAGCAAUGUUGGAGGAUAGCCAAUGGCUUACAAGUGAACUUUCCAUUGCUACUCACUUGGCGGGGAUAUUCCACGCGAUCCCAAGGGUUUCUUUCUUUCAACCGACUUCUACCACCUCAAAUCUCUGGAUUCCCUCUAGCCGCUUCAUAAGAAUUUUCUACUGGUUCCUGUUAAUCUUCCAAGUUGUUUUUGCUCAAGGCAGUUCACUCCUCUACGGUUUCUUUCACACGCGCAACAAAACACUGUUCAACUUAUUUAUAGCUAUCCGCCUCCUUUCCUAUUCUAUCACCAGUUUAAUAUUGGCAUUGGGUUAUGGGAUAUAUGGGAGGCUUUUGGUGAAAUUGGCCAAAAAAAGUUUUGAAUUGGUGCGUGGAAAAGGAGGCAUGAUUGAGGAGUUUGGAGAUACCUCUAUGGACAGCGUAUCCAGUGAUAAGGAUGGACGAGAGAGACUUACAAAGAAAAGGGUUUACGUUUUAAAUAGAGAAAAAAGCGGUUAUGACAUCAGGUUAAAAAACGAUAUGUUCAAAUGGUAUUUGAGAAAGAUGCAAAUAUUUAACAUCUCAGCAACUUCCACACUUACAUUUUGGGCAAUAAUGGCAUCCGUGGUGGCAUUUCGUCAAGAAGAGGUUUGGGAAACUUUGCCAAUGUCGAAAUUUCACAUCUUUAUGGGCGACAUUUUUACACAGUGUGUAUAUAUGGUGGUAUUGAUUGGUGUGUUGCUUAGCGAGAGAAGACCAAACAAGGAUCCAUCAUCCUUCGAUACAAUAAUUAGUAGUCAAUUUACUCAAUCCACUUCUGUGUGA